GGUUAAAAAAGUUGGAGAUAAUGCCAGGGGCAUCGGUGUCGAAGACGGAAGAAUCAACAUUUCAAGUACAGUUUGCUAAUAUAAAUGGCGUAAUAAACCAUAUCAUCUCUGACACACUUAUCCAUGCUCUUAAUUUUUUAUACUUUAAAGUGAUGUAUUAAUUGCUCCGUCGAUUGACUGUUUACUGAUGAAUUGCCGCAGCACAUCUACAAGAGAAGUCAUUAGUGCUUCUGGAAUUUCCAUUCGGAGUGUUUUAUAAAAUUAUUCUCUUUAUUUUCUUAUCGUACUCAGCAGUGAUUUGAAAUAUCCUAUAAAGACGAGUCUUGUGAUUUACAAGAGGAGACCAAAUUAAAAUAAUUAAUCGUUCAGCAAAUGUCAACGAUGGAAGGUUCACUCAGCAAAUGGACAAAUGUUGUUAAUGGAUGGCAGUAUAGGUGGUUUGUGCUUGAUGAUAAUGCCGGAUUACUCUCUUAUUACACGAGUAAAGAGAAGAUGAUGAGAGGCGCUCGUCGUGGAUGUGUUCGACUUCGUGGCGCUGUAAUUGGUAUUGAUGACGAAGAUGACAGUACAUUCACGAUAACAACGUCAUCCUCCAAGGAUGAUCCCAAGACAUUUCAUUUUCAAACGAGAAAUGGUGAAGAGCGUGAGCGAUGGGUUCGCGCUUUGGAAGAUACGAUUUUACGACAUUCCCACGCUCGAUGGGAUCCCAAAAAAUCACCACCAAAACAAGAUUUCGAUCGGAAAGUUGCAGAAGCUGAUGCCUAUCUGCAAUUGCUGAUCGAUCAAAUAAAAUUAAUUGAAGAUAAACAGAAGAACUUUAAAGAUGACGAAGAAGAUAAGAAGCAGAAAUAUGCAGCUAUACUUACUCAAGCCAAUGCUGUACUGAAUUCAGUGAAACAUACGAUUGUACAAUUACAGAUAGCCAAGAAUACUGCCAUGCCUGUCAAUGGUAUUUACAGAGGGCCAACUGAGUCAUCAAUCAAUACUGACAAUGCAACACCAACGUUGACUCAUGCCAGAGGAGAACCCGAAUCAACAGUACAAACAGGCAUAGAAUUGGGCUCAGAAUGUCUUGAGCCUCGUGUAUCAACGAGUCUCCCGAAGAAUCUCCCUGUGCCUGAAUUUUCCUAUUCAUCAUCCGACGAGGAUGAAGACUAUUACGACGCAGCUGACGACAUAUCAACCCCGACCGCUGCCCAGAAUUAUUUCCCUGAUCAUCGGGGCGUUGAAAAAAACGAGCGCCUGCAAACGGCUCAAGAGUCCAAUACUAUUGAAAAUCGGAGACAACAGUGGCAGUUACAACCACCAGUAAAAACGGAUGGCUCUGUGGAUUAUGAUGCGCUUUACGAGGAGGAGAGCGAGCCAGAGAUGGACUCGAUGGAGAGUCAUGGCUCGGUGGUGACUCACCUGCUGUCUCAAGUGAAGAUUGGUAUGGAUUUAACAAAAGUAGCCCUGCCGACAUUUAUACUCGAACGCAGAUCUCUCCUCGAGAUGUAUGCUGAUUACUUUGCCCAUCCCAAUUACUUUAUCAGUAUAGCCGACAUGUUAACGCCCAAAGAACGGAUGGUACAGGUUGUGAGAUGGUAUCUCUGCAGUUUUCACGCUGGGAGGAAGUCAGGAGUAGCUAAGAAGCCUUACAACCCAGUUCUUGGUGAGAUUUUUAAGUGCCACUGGGACUUGGCAGCUGAGAAUUCCAAACAGCCAAUGAAUUCUGAGAGUGAUAACAAUACGAGGGAUGGUCCUGUUUCGUGGUGUUCUGAUAAUCAGCUCUCUUUUAUCGCUGAACAGGUUUCACAUCAUCCACCAGUUAGUGCAUUUUAUGCUGAGCAUUAUGCAAAAAAAAUUAGUUUCAAUGCCCACGUAUGGACGAAGAGUAAAUUUUUAGGAUUGAGCAUUGGGGUGCAUAAUAUUGGAAAGGGUUGGGUCAAUGUUUUAGAGUAUGGUGAGGAAUAUGUGUUGACUUUUCCCAAUGGUUAUGGUAGAUCAAUACUCACUGUACCGUGGAUUGAAUUGGGAGGGACUGCUACUAUUACUUGUGCUCAAACUGGAUAUCAAGCGACUGUUGAAUUUUUGACGAAACCGUUUUAUGGAGGAAAGAAGAAUAGAAUUUCUUGUCAGGUCACCCAUCCUGGAGAGAAAAAACCAUUCCUUUGUAUUAAUGGAGAGUGGAGUGGCUGCUUGGAAGCUAAAUGGAGCGAUGGGAGAACGGAACUCUUUGCUGACGUGACGAAAAUUCAAGUUGAUAAGAAACUGGUGAAACCAGUCGGUGAGCAGGAGGAAUACGAGUCCAGGAAAGUGUGGAGGGAAGUGACUGUUGGGUUGAAAAUUAAUGAUAUGGAUAGGGCUACUGCUGCCAAGUGUCUUAUUGAGCAGAAACAACGAGAUGAAGCGAGAAUACGGAAAGAAAAUAAUAUUCCGUGGGAAACAAAAUUCUUCAGAGAAACGAAUGAUGGUGGUUGGGUAUACACAGCCCCCCUCGCCAAUAGAUUGCGAUCAACAACAAAUGCGAUGCAGUGAUCACUUCAAGAUUGGAUUCAAUUUGCCUAAUCCAUGUAUCCACGAAUUAUCAUUUAUAAUUCGCGACCUAAUUGAGGAUAUAUUGAAUAUUCCAUAAUUGAAUGAAACAGUAAUCGAGAGAAAAGAGGAAAAAUAACGAAUGGUACUAGGUCACUGAUAUUAAUUGGUAGCUGCAAAUAACUUGAUGACUUGUGUCUCAGUAGAUAAGUCCUCAAUGGUUAAACGUCACCCACAAUAUUAAUUAGUAACUAUCGAGUAUAAUGUUUACGGAGAAAAGAAUUAUAACACUUAUAACACAUCUUAUUUCAUCGAAACUUCUAGGGAAUCUGGGAUACGUGAAGUUGUUGUGAACUCUAGAAUUAACAAUAAUGAACAUAGAGAAAAUGAGACCGAUAAUAAAAGACGAGUUCAACAUUCUAGAAAAUAUAUUUUUUCUGUAAUUGUAUAAACAGAGAAUAGAAAAAUAUGAGAAACAUAAUUCGCACAA